GCUACGUGUAAGGUCUGUCUACCCUCGGCAGUCUACGGAGAACACGGAAGCAAAAGCGAUUCCGCAAAACGCCCCUGCGAUCCUUUCUGCUCUCGCCCCACCAAACCGGACUUACUGCAAUAAAAGUCAUUGGGCCAACCCUCUUAGAGAUGAGCACAGAUAAAGAUGAAUUGUUACGCAAGGUAGUUGAUGAUGAAAAAGUUGCUGUGAUAGAAGAUGAGAAUAAACUAACGAAGCAGAAAUCUCACCCCGAGAGUCGGGUUUAUGCUGGUCCCCACAGUACCAUGGUGACAGAGGAUACUAAGCGAUUUAAGUCGAGUAGCAUCCAGGUACCAUCCAUCCAAGAAAGCCCUGGAAUGACACAGCCAAAGGCAAGGAAGGCAUCAGGGCCUCCGGUUAUCCCCGAAGAGAAACGGAGAAAAGGGAUUUUUAGUCUAUCGUUUUCUAAAAGCAAAAAAGAAAAAGGCCCUCCUUGUGAUAAAAUGACAAGCACGAGCAUCAGCCACAAAUUAAUUGCCAGUGAAGAUGGUGCGUAUCACUUGCAGAGGGCUCAAGCCGAUGCCUUGAAAUCAUCUGCAGUCCAUCAAGAGAAUUCUCUCAAAAGGAAAGAGCUGCCUGCAUCCAUCGUCCCUUGCCCAAUGGAGUUUUCUGCAGACUUUGAGGAAGACCUGUACCGUGAUGCGGAUGAAAUAGAGAGAGAGAAAGUGUUACUUGAGAUUGGGACAGAUGCUUCAGAUUUUCUAGAAAGUAAACUAAGUAUUGAACCUGAAGUAGAUAUCAUGGAUUAUUGCCAAGAAGAAUGGCGAGGAAACACGUCGCAGGCUGAAUGUAUUCGGAAGGGCUAUGAAGCUGUUUCACAUAAAUUUAUUUCAAUAAGAAGAGUGCGAGGAGAUAAUUAUUGUGCUCUCCGGGCGACACUAUUUCAAGCCCUCAGCCAAGCUUGUCACCUUCCUCAGUGGCUCCAGAAAGAAGAUCUAAUAUUGUUACCAGAGAAGCUGAUGGUCAGAUAUGAAUGGAUCACUCAGUGGCGACUGAGGCACACAUGGCCAAGUAAAGUGGAGAGCCUGAUGGAUGAAAUUAAAGAUUGUUUGAUGUUACUAAAAAGAAAGUGGAAAAAUAUGAGUGACAUAAAGACCUUUGUAGAGAGACAAGCAGCCUGUGAUGAGCUUUUCAGAAGCGAAGAAGAAGAAUACAAGCUGUAUGAAGCAGUAAAGUUUCUUAUGCUGAGCACUGCCAUUCAACUGUACGAAGACAGUGAGAAGGGCAAAGAGGUCCCCGUAUUCUCUUGGCUUUUGUUCGCUCGAGACACAUCUAGCAGUCCUUCCCAAUUAAUGGAGAACCACUUGAAUCAACUUGGUCACACGGGAGGUCUUGAACAGGUUGAAAUGUUUCUCCUCGCCUAUGCUUUGCAGCACACCAUCCAGGUUUACCGAUUGUAUAAGUACAAAACGGAAGAAUUCAUCACUCUUUAUCCCAAUGAUCCCGAAGAAACCUGGCCCAUGGUAACCCUUAUAACAGAAGAUGACCGACAUUACAAUAUUCCUGCCCGAAUGUGUGAAGAGACCAGUUUAUAAGCAAUAUGAUUCCCGUCCAGUUACAUAAAACUGAAUAAAUGAUGUAAAAGCAAACUUCUUAGUUGGUAAUAUUAUUUGGAUUGUGACAGUUAAUUUAACAACACUUUGGAACAUUGAAUUCAGUUAGAUUUACUCCCAGAUUGGUCAAUGCUUUAGAGGUAGAGGGCAUCAAUUGGAAAUA